AUGGAUCUAGAAGAAGUUUUCUGCUCAACGGGUGUAAAUCCAAGAUCCCACUGUAUUGCCCUUUGUGAAGGCGCUGAUAUUAUUGUGUAUGCUGCAGAUGGGCAUCUAGUAGCUGAGCUUGUGCCAGCGCAUCCUAAUCUACCAGGCAAAGUCAUAAAUGUGUCGGAAAGACAUCAUUCCAAGCCCAUAACAGUGGUUAAAAGAAUAUCUGCUAGUAGUGACAAUUACUUCCUCUCUGGUUGUAAUCAUGGCGAUGUCAACUUGUGGGCUUUCAAAAACAAUAAGUUUGAACAUAUUUUGAAACUAGAUAAACUUCCUAUCUCGGUUACUUCACUAGCGGGAACAGCCCGUCAAAAUGAGUUGAUACUUGUUGGUUCAUGGGGAGGGGUAAGCACUGGAAUCCGCUCCUGGUGGUUGACACAGGAGACUGGAGGGAAGUGGAUAGUACGAACCACGAAAAUCAUUGAAGAGGCUUCCAAAUCUUUUGCCUUGUCUAUUGCUGUGCAUAUUCUCCCGACAGGUAAUGCUUUAUUAGCCGCUGGAACCUCUUUGCGUAAAAUUGAUCUCUAUGUAGAGGGUAAAGAUAAAGAAAUCUUUACCCCAGUGUUGUCUGUGAUUGGUCAUAAUGAUUGGAUCCAUUCUGUUUCUUUCAAUAACAAUAACAAUUCACUUCUCCUUGCUAGCGCUGGGCAAGACAGUUAUGUUCGAUUGUGGAGGAUUUCUGAGAAUUCCAACUCUGUAGAUGACAAUGAGCUAAGCGUUACCAAAAAUAAGUUUAAUGUCGAAACGGCACAAGGAGAUGUCGUACAUACUAUCAAUGUCGAAGCAGUGCUAGCUGGUCAUGAAGAUUGGGUUCAUUCCACUGAAUUCAACUCAGAUGGAUCUCAGAUAGUAACAUCAUCUAGUGAUAAAACCGCUAUAAUUUGGAAAGAGAUUGAUGGCAUUUGGACUGAUUGGCUCAGAGUCGGUGUUGUUGGUGGUCAAGCUGCUGGUUUCUUCUCUGCUGUUUUCACGAAUAACAGCGAAGGAUUGGUGGCUAGCUCAUAUUUCGGUGGACUUCAUGCUUGGCGCUUAGUGAAUGAGAAUGAACCGUGGGCCCCAAUUUCAAUGAUUGGCGGUCAUACCGGUGAAGUUCGUGAUUUAAGUUGGGAACCUAAGGGUAGAUAUCUCAUUUCUGUUGGAAGCGACAAAACAACCAGACUCUUCUCUAAGCUGAAAGAACAAGAAACUUACGGUGAAAUCGCAAGACCUCAAGUACAUGGUCAUGAAAUGCAGUGUGUGUGUUCCAUAUCAAGUACGUGCUUUGUAUCUGGCGGAGAGGAAAAGAUCUAUCGUGCUUUCCAAGCUCCGAUCACUUUCGCAAACUCAUAUGAAGCUAUUAGUGGUGUCUCAAAGGAGAAGGUGUUCAAUGUAGAACAACUUGCAGAAACUGGGGCAAGAAUGCCCGCUUUAGGUUUAUCAAACAAGGCUGUAGAAGUUGAUGCUCCCGUAGAAAAUGAAGAAACUCAUUGGGAAGAGGAACAGUUUUUAGCUAAUCCAUCCAAUUUAGAAAAAGUUCCAACAGAGGAUUGCUUGCAACAGAACACGCUCUGGCCUGAGCUACAGAAACUAUAUGGUCAUGGGUUUGAAGUUUAUGCUAUUGCCACUAAUCCAACGGGUACCGUUCUAGCCACAUCUUGUAAAGCUAGUCAAGCAGAACAUGCUGUUGUUAUCUUAUGGGAUAUUUCGAACUGGACAUUGAAGAAAAGCGUUUUAGGCCACAACCUUACUAUAACACAAAUCGAAUGGAGCCCUAGCGGAGAAUAUUUGUUGACGGUCAGCCGAGAUCGAACUGCCAUUUUAUACAAAGAGAGGAAUGGAGAUAUCCAUGGAUUCGAUUAUGAAAAGGUUUGGCAGUCGAAAGAUGAGCAUUCGAGAAUUAUCUGGUCAUGCAGCUGGUUCUCUAACUCAUCUAUGUUUGCUACAGCGUCGAGAGACAAAAAGGUUAUCUUAUGGCAGAUAGAUGGUAAUGAGGCUAAGGUCUUUGCUUCCGAGACUUUGCCACAACCUAUCACCGCUGUCGCUGUCAGUAGAAGGAAUAUUGUUGCUUGUGGUCUGCAGGAUGGGUCAAUAACUCUUUUAGGAGUAGAGAAUUCACAAAUCGUUUCCAAAAAAGCUUUCAUUACACCUGCAGUCACGGUAGACGCAGCUGUCCAGAGACUCCGAUUCUCGAAUGCUGAGAAAGAAGAGCUGGCGUACGCGGGGAUUGAUGGAAAAGUUCGAAUUUUUCGUAUUUGUUGA